AUGCCGCUGCUGGAGGACGUGAUCCCGGAGAACAUCAGCUGGGCUGCUGAGGAAGGCCAGGGCAACGAGUCCUCAGAGCAUGCGUUCUUCUCUGUGGAUUAUCAGCAUGUUCAAGUCCCCUUUGAAAUCACACUCUGGAUCAUGCUUGCCUCCUUGGCCAAAAUAGGGUUUCAUCUAUAUAACAAGCUGCCUUCUGUUGUUCCCGAAAGCUGUUUAUUGAUAUUUGUAGGACUCAUCAUGGGAGGGAUCAUCUAUGGCCUGAAUGACAGAUCACCACCUGUUAUGGACAGUGACAUCUUUUUCCUCUACCUGCUGCCCCCCAUCGUCCUCGAUGCGGGGUACUUCAUGCCCAGCCGUCCCUUUUUUGAGAACAUCGGUACUAUCCUCCUCUACGCGGUUGUGGGGACAAUAUGGAACGUGUUUGGGAUCGGGUUUUCCCUGUAUGGGAUCUGCCAGGUGAAAGCCUUUGGCCUGCAGGAUGUGUCAUUGCUCCACAACCUCCUGUUCGGCAGCCUGAUCGCCGCCGUGGAUCCCGUGGCAGUGCUGGCGGUCUUUGAAGAGAUACACGUCAAUGAAAAGCUACACAUUUUGGUCUUUGGCGAGUCGCUCCUGAAUGACGCGGUGACGGUGGUGCUCUACAAGCUAUUUCGAUCUUUCUGUGAAAUGCCAACCAUCAAAACUGUGGAUAUUUUUGCUGGAGUUGGAAAAUUUUUUGUGGUUGGGCUAGGAGGAGUUUUAGUAGGUCUCAUUUUUGGGAUGACCGCCGCCUUUACCACACGAUUCACCAAGGAUAUCCGUGUCAUUGAGCCGCUCUUUGUCUUCCUGUACAGCUAUCUUUCCUACCUCACCGCAGAAAUGUUUCACCUUUCGGGGAUCGUGGCUAUCAUUGCUUGUGCCAUGGGCAUGAAACGUUACGUGGAAGCCAACAUCUCUCUGAAGUCUCACACCACAGUCAAAUACUUCAUGAAGAUGUGGAGCAGUGUUAGUGAUACCCUCAUCUUCAUCUUUCUUGGAGUUUCCACCAUUGGCGAAAAUCAUGAGUGGAACUGGCCAUACAUUUGCUUCACUGUCAUUUUCUGUCUCAUUUGGAGAGCACUAGGGGUUCUUGUGCUGACUUUCUUUGUGAACAGAUUUCAUGUGAACACCAUCACUGGCAAAGACCAAUUCAUUAUAGCCUAUGGGGGUCUCCGAGGAGCCAUUUGUUUCUCUUUGGUUUUCUUGCUUCCUGACUUUCACAGAAAGAAGCUCUUCAUUGCAGCAACAACUGUUGUCAUCCUCUUCACCGUGUUCAUACAGGGAAUGACCAUCCGUCCUCUCGUUGACCUGUUGGCUGUCAAGAGGAAAAGAGAGAGUGCUCCCACAGUGGGAGAGCAGAUCCAUAUUCGGUUCUUGGAUCAUUUGCUGGCUGGCAUUGAAGAUAUAUCUGGACACUGGGGACAGUAUUACUGGAAAGACAAAUUAGAAUAUUUCAACAGCAAAUACCUGCAGAAGAUCCUGCUUCGAGAAUACGAUCAGCCAAAAUCGAGUAUUGUGCUUCUCUAUGAAAAGCUGGAGCGGAAACAUGCCAUCGAGCUGGCAGAAGCAGGGCAGCUGGGUCAUGCCCCGUCCCACCCAUCCUUGCUCAACCAUGACAAGACUGUCAUAACGGACAAAACAUUGGAGGAUACUCUGAAUUCGGAUGUCCUGGAAAAUAUACAGGAAAUAUUGGCAAGGAACCUGUACCGAAUAAGGAGAACGGGGCCAGCGUACAACAGGCACACCCUUCCCGGAGAGACCGAGCCUGUGGAGCACGCCAAGGAGAUCCUGAUCCUCCGGCACAAAAGCCUGCGGAUGGAAGUGAGUGGAGGCGACGCGGCCAGCUCCGGUAAGGAGAAGGAUGACUCCAAUUCAGCGCAGGGCGACUCCAGCGUGCAGCCCAAGCUGUGCCGCUCCUUCACCGUGGGAAAUGCAGAAAACGUUCGGGAGGUGAAACAGAACCGGUCGAAGUCAGUGUGUGUCAUCCCACCGCGGCAGCCCAGCGCUGGGCUUCUCACCCCCUGGGGUAAGAAGAAAGAGAUAGAGAAAGAGCUGACUUUGAAGACAAAAAGCACGAGUGCUGCUGCUGACUUCCCAUGAGGGAUCUGACUGUGCUUCAUGGAUGGCUACUAUACAUGUAGAUAAUGUAAAUAUGAUCCAUAUUGAAAAGGACAGCUUGGACAGGGCAAAAUAUCCUGAGUGGUUUGCAUCGAAACGUGCUCUUACUGCACAACACUGGGUUUUUAAUGGGAACCAAGGGAAAAGAUGCACAGCUGGGCACUAGUAAUGCAAGGUAAUGUCUAAGAGAAUUUCUGAGGAAUGUCUAGGAAAAAUUAGUCUUUUCAGCCUGGGAAAAUUGCUGAAAAUGUCUGCAACUGCAAGAAAGGAUGUUUUAAUAAGAGGAGAUAUCAGGGCUUUUCAUUAGUCAGCAGGGAUAGACUAAACAGCAGGGAGCAUGUAAGUUAUACAUUAGGAAAAACUUUAUAAUCUCAAGGAGAGUUCUAUUAGGCAGUGGAGCAUGUCACCAGGAAAGACAGCAGAAACAGGGAAAGAUCUCUGCUACUCCUCAAGAGCUGGUGAGGCCUGACUAUCAAUACUAAUCACAUGAAGUCCAAAGUUAAGGUAUAUAGUUAAAUAAGGCUUUGUGCCUUACCAAAGGCACUGUCCUACACCUUGACAUAAUUCUUUUAAUGAAAAUUUAUUACAGCUGCAUUAAAAGGAGAAAAUAUAUUCUUACUGAUUUUUUAAAAAUUUACUUAAGAAAUGGUUUACCUCAAAAGAUAAAAUAGGGAAGCUCCAAAUCCACUGGCAAUUCCAGGAGAAGAGUGUACUGUCCCUUAAACAGAUGCACAAGCCUUGUGCUGUGGCUGGUUGGUUGCAGCAAACCUGCAAAGGCUCCCCAAAAAAGAUCUCUGCUGCCACAGCCGAGAGCUGCAGGGUCACAGGAGUUCUGAAUGCGUCUCCUUAGAAGAUGCAGCAGAGAGAGGGACCCAAAACCUCGCUGCUGUGGAGCGCUUCUGCAAUCCCCUUUGCAGAGAAGAGGUAGAUGAACUCCAGGUAUAGUGCCUGAGGAAGACAGAUAUCUCCACAUUUGGGUAAUUUUCUUUGAAACUCCAGGUAAGCUUUUAAGCCUUUGAAUUCUUGUCCUUAGCUGAACCCAAUAGCGUAAGUUUUAGCAUUGCAAACAUCAACAUUUUUUGUUCUUUUCCCCUUCCUCUGCAUUGAAGGAUGCAAGGUCAUUUAAUCUAAACGAGUGGCCAAAGAGACUCUUUCUGAACUGAAAAUAGAAGGAACUGUAGAAAUUUGCAUACUCCCCUUCAUGAUAUUUUUGGACUUCCAAAGCUAAUCUCUUGUGUGCAGAAAUACUGCACUAGGAGGCCACUGCCUGUUACACCAGGGCUUUCAUUUUAAAUUAAAGACACAGAAUUGUGUGUAUUUGCUUUGCAAUGGUGUGGAGGUCUCUUUUUCACUUGAACAAACUCCUUUACAAUGUUCUGACAUAAGCUGAUGUAUUUCAUCUUGACUUGCAGGCCACUCUUCCAUCACUGGAAGUUCACCGCACUGCAAAUGAAAAUUGGAUCUUUUAGCCUUAUAUGUGUAAUUUGUGUGUCUAUAUACAUAUAUGUACAUAUUUACUGAUUUUAGUAUAGGUUCAUUGUCGUCUUCAGUUACUUUGUUAAAAUUUUGGUUUGUUUCUUAGUUUAAUACAUCUUGCAUGGGAGUCAUGUAGGUUUGCCUACGCUUUGUUUAGAAAAUGGCCCUUUUCUGAAGAUGGUGUCAUGUACAUGUACUACGUUUCUAUCUCAAUUAAAUGUG